AUGUUGUUGACAGAGGCUGCACAACCAUUCUUUUUCACAGCCAAUUCUAGCGGUGAAGAGUCCUGGGCUCAAGCGGGAGUGGCAAGUCAACGUCGACAGAAGUAUACUCGAUCAAGGUCUUCUGCUUCGUCCGGAUCGUUCAGCAGAGCACUUCGUUUAGCUGAUAUCGCUAAGCAGCAUGGAUUUGGAAUGCACGUUGAGAACUGGCGGGAGGACUUGCUGCCUGUAAGGCAAUAUCUGCCAAUGCAACACAUUAUUGGCAGUUUGAAGCGCGACCGUGAUCAAGCCGUGAACUACGUCGAAUCUCCGAGUAUCUAUCCUGCUAGGGACGACAUAGUCCAGCGUCAGAGAGAACUGGCAGCACUGUCCCCAGGCAGCGAAGACUCAUUUCUUGACGAACUUAGAAGCCCUAAACGUCGACGGACCUCGGACUGCUCGCGAACAGAGUCACAAUGCACAACAGAUUCUGACCCUGAUAGACGUUUCAGCUACCAGACAGCUGAACAUGUUGCAAAGGACAUUCCGCAAGCGGCUCUGCCAGGCUUAAAUCAUGUUCUGAACCUGUCUACGAUCACAGCAGACGAAAGGGAUAUAUUCACUGAAUAUGCACCCAAGCAUCUUGACGAUUCGCAAUUGCUGAUGACAGAACUGCUGCAGAUGAGGGAAAACAUGAUUAACGGCAUAGACGAGGAAGAUACACAAGACAGUGCCGAUGCUGGGGUCGAGGAGUUCUGUUCACCUGUUCUACCGCCCGAACGCGAAGCCGAAGUUGAGAAAGCCUUUGAGGACUUUCUAGAUCUUCAGGACAACCACUUUCUUGCGAAAAUUGUGACUACUCUACCUGACACUGUUACAGACAUCGACAGAUCUCGAGAUUGA